CCUCACACACAGAAAGCCUUUGGAAUUUCGCUCUUUCAAUAUUCCUUCCUUGAGCUUUUAGAAGUCGCCCACUCUCGUUUUCGCCGUCGUCGCCGCUACUUAUUUAACCCCCGACAACACUCCCAACCACAACAACAACACUCAACAAUCAACCUUCACUCUCUACGCACACACACCGUUAAAUAAUAUUCACGAUGCAGCUCCUCACUCUCUCCACCCUCAUGGGCCUCUUGGUCAGCUCUGUCGCCGCCCACUCCUGGUUGGAGUGUGUCGACACCGUAGUCAAGAACAAGGACUACGCUAAGUCCCACCCUAGCGACACACUCGUGCAAACCUGCAACGGAUACCCUCGCAACAAGGUCCACAACGGUGACUGGAUCUCGGAGUCGUCCUACUACUCUUACAACUUCAACACCGAAUACGCUUGCCGCGAUGGACAGCGGACUGCGGGCCAGGCGGCCGGCGCGCCCAUGGCGACCGCGUCUCCCGGCGACACUCUGUUGAUGCGCUUCUGGGGCAACGGUCACUCCCGGUGGGACAUUGGCUCGCCCAACCACCGCGACCCCGGUCUCGUCCGCAUCUUCUGGGCCGGAAAGCCCGAGACUGAGAUCGUGCACGCUACCGAUCUGACCGAGGAGUACUGGAUCCCCGGUGCUCAGGGUAACUUCUCGGGCGACGCCGUCACCGAGAUCAACGGUAACACCAUGAACGAGAAGGCCAACUACUUCUCGUUCGUCCUGCCCGAGAAGAUCCAGAACGGUCGCCACAUGAUGGUCUGGUCGUGGGCGUGGAAGGAGUCGCUCGUCGACGGUGAGAAGGGUGACGCCAACGUGUACGACUCCAGCUGGGACAACGCGUGGGGUACUUGCUUCGACAUCCAGAUCGAGAACUCUACCUUCACUGACGAGGUGAACACCGACAUCCUGUGCAACAAGGCCGGCUACGACAAGGAGGCCGCCACCAAGAAGACUGCCACCGAGAUCUGCUCCAAGACUUGCUACAAGGGCGGCAUGGCCACCGACGCGAUGAAGUGCACUGGAACAGACUGCCCCCCCUGCUGGUACAUGAACGCCGACCAGGUCAACUGCUUCGACUACGACACCACCGGCAAGUGCCCGUUCUCCGGUGCGUUCGACUGCAAGAAGGGAGCCGCCGCCACUACCAAGCGCGACGUGCUCACCCAGCACCGCAAGCACCGCCGCCACAACCACAAGAACUAAGCGUUCUGUGUUGUGUCAUGAGUAGUCUGCUGUUUGUGUCUUGUUGUGUACUGUCUUGCUAGGAAUUGUUUGAUUGUGAUUUGUUGGGGAUCUCGGAAAAUAUGUCUUUUUUUCGCUUCACAUGUGUAUUUUGGUCCGAAUUGGAAAUGCUUUGGUUUUGUUGCUUCUUCACGGCGCUCUGAUUCCCUUGUUUUUGCGCGCUGUGAAUGUAUUUGACGGGACGGAACGGCUUUCCAUGCUUUUUUUUCUUUUUCCUUUUUCUUUUUUUCUCUGCUUCGACGUUCAUAUAUACAGAUAUUUAUAGUGUGUGGUGGUGGUCACUGGUUACUAGGUCAGGUCAGAUAGAGAGGAGGGAAUGCGGAUUCGAGCGGUCGUUGGCAGUUGUAAAUGGUUUCGUUCUCGUCAUGUUCGCUGUGAAUCUGGUGAUGUGUGUGAUUGUGUUGUGUGCAUGAACUGAGCUGUUGAGCUUGACAGACAGAGA